AUGUCGGUUGUGGGAUCGCUGAUUUUUUGCACUGAUUGUGGCAAUUUGCUGAACAGCAUCACCGAGAAAAUGGCUGUUAUAAAAUGCGAUAUGUGCCAACGAGACUACGACACUAAAAACUUCGAAGACCUCCACGUUGUCACCGAAUCUGCCCCCACAGCCUUCCCCUCUGCUUUAAGACUUAAACGAUCUGCCGUCAAAACCACACUGCACGAUCAUGAGGUUGAGGAAGGUGCAGUUAUCAAGGAGCGCUGUCCAGAGUGCGGCAAUGACGAGAUGCGUUUCCACACUCUGCAGCUGCGCAGUGCCGACGAGGGUGCCACUGUGUUUUACACUUGUACGAACUGCGGCUACAAGACGCGGGUUUCCAAUUAA